AUGGCAUCUGCUCAUCACUCGAGGAGGCCGAGGGAGACCUCCCAGACCUCCCAAUCGGAGAUGUCGGUUGGUCGAUACACUAGGCUGGGUCAGAUUGGAAAGGGGAGCUUCGCUACGGUCUACCAAGGUGUACAUACGAAAUCACGUACCUAUGUCGCCAUCAAGUCGGUCAACCUGUCGCAGCUCAACAAGAAGUUGAAAGAGAACCUCUUCUCGGAGAUACACAUCCUAAAGGGCCUUUAUCACCCCCACAUCGUGGCUCUGAUCGACUGCCAUGAGACCACCUCCCAUAUCCACCUGGUGAUGGAAUAUUGCGCCUUGGGUGACCUAUCCCAAUUCAUUCGGCACCGGAAUACGCUGGGAGAGCAUCGGUACACGCGAGAUAUGAUUGCCAAGUACCCCAAUCCCCGCGGAGGCGCUCUCAACGAAGUCGUCGUCCGUCAUUUUCUCAAGCAGCUCGCCAGUGCCCUAAAGUUCCUCCGAGAUCGGAACCUGAUUCACCGUGACAUCAAGCCACAAAACCUACUCCUAUGUCCAUCACCUACGUCCUACCGCGCCGGUGUGGCGCAGAUAGUCCCCUUCAAAGGUAGUGAGGACUCCUUCAGCCCCGCCACCGGCCUUGAUUCGCUUCCAAUGCUGAAGAUCGCCGACUUCGGGUUCGCGCGAUCCCUCCCCGCUACCUCCCUAGCGGAGACCCUUUGUGGCUCUCCGCUGUAUAUGGCUCCCGAGAUCCUCCGCUAUGAGAAAUACGAUGCCAAGGCCGAUCUCUGGUCGGUCGGUACGGUGCUUUACGAAAUGGUGGUGGGAAAGCCGCCCUUCCGGGCCAGCAACCACGUAGAGCUGCUCCGGAGGAUCGAGAGAGGAGAGGACAACAUCAAAUUCCCGCCGGAGAAUCCAGCCUCCGACGACAUCAAGGCGCUCAUCCGAAUGCUCCUGAAGCGAAAUCCAGUAGAGCGCAUGAAUUUUGCUGACUUUUUUGAAUCAAACGUCAUCACCAGUCCCAUUCCCGGGCUGAUACCGGAUGACACUGGCACACUGCGACGGCCCUCUGCAGAUCUGGAUCCCUUAGGGCAGAAUUCCCCAGCAGAGCCUCAGCCAAGCCCCGGUGCUGCCGCCGGGUCGCGUCGAGAAAAGGAUGUCUCUCGAGAGGACCAGAUCACUUAUCCUCAACGAACCACCGCACAAACCCCCAGAUCGGGGACACCUCCGUCGUCGGUCCCGAUGCGCCGCGGGGGAAGCGCGGAUAAGGCUCCAUCUACACCGAAGGAUACGGCCACGACAUAUCCCCAGCGGCCCAGCACAGUGUCCCAUGCCACAGCACCUGGACGCCAGGAACUCUUGGAUCGCAACGCAACGACUGCUGCCAUGGAGCGGCAGCGAAACCGACAUACGUUUGGGCCGUCGCAGCAUGAAAGGCCCGUCGAUAAAGCCAAGGAAGAGCAGGAGCGUGCCGCUCAGGACGUCGCUUUCGAGAGAGAUUACGUAGUUGUGGAGAAGCGUGCAGUGGAGGUGAAUGCUUUCGCCGAUGAGCUGGCACACAGUCCUCGCAUCCAAGGAGGCUUCACCAGGAACGCUCAAACCGGCGCCAUCUCCCGUCGCGCAACCGUGCAGGGUCCACAAACCACUGCCACAUCUCCGCUUGCCUCGAAUACGAAGGCUAUGCAAGUUUUCCCAGGCCGUUCACGAGCAGAUUCUACCCAUGCCCGGCAAAGCUCCUACGAGCGUCGCUACGGACAGAGUCCCACGUCUGCAACGUCUGCGAUUUCCAAGGCUCUCAACAUGGCUAGUGGGAGGCUUUUCGGCAUGGGGUUCUCUCCACCCAUGGCGAUCACCAAAGGAGGCCGGUCUCCCCCUUUGGCUUACAACCCGUUUCCUGCGUAUCCAGCAGCCCAGCCCACCCUACUGCCCAUUGGUGACGGGUCCAAAACCAACGCGACGUUGGAUGAGGAUGCCAAGACCGUUCAGGUGAUCGAGGAGUGUGCGACGCGCAGUGACGUUGUCUAUGGUUUUGCAGAAGUGAAGUAUAAACAGCUCAUUCCGCUGGCUCCUUCUGUCCCCACAGACCCUUCCGGGAGAAGUAGCCUUCCCGGUGGCUAUCGAGAGCCUUCGGAUUCCACGGACGGAGGGCUCACCGUUGAUGCUGUCGUGACAUUGUCGGAAGAAGCCCUGGUCCUGUAUGUGAAGGCGCUUUCACUGUUAGCCAAGUCCAUGGACAUUGCGAGUGCUUGGUGGAAUCGCAAGAACCGGGUGGACGUCUUUGGUGAUUCCACCAUCAACCGAACCGACGCGUCGAUGACGGUGGUGGGCAGUCGAAUCAACAAUGUUGUUCAAUGGGUGCGAAGCCGGUUCAAUGAGGUGCUCGAGAAGGCCGAGUUUGUCCGUCUGAAGUUGAUUGAGGGACAAAAGCGGCUGCCUCCUGACCAUCCCAGUCAUCCGAACAACCACUCGAUCGGGUCCUCUCUGGGCUCGGGCGCUUCGGUGGAUGUGGUCGUGAGCCCUGGGGUGACGGCGGAGAAGUUGAUGUACGACCGGGCCUUGGAGAUGAGUCGAGCGGCCGCCAUUAAUGAACUCACCGGGGAGGAUCUGUCUGGGUGCGAGAUCGCCUAUGUGACGGCCAUCCGGAUGCUGGAAGCGGUGCUAGAGGAGGAUGAAAUGCCCUCGACGGCUGGCGACAAAGCGGACCGCAAGGACGGCGAACAAACCAUGCUGGAUAGUGUACAGGCAGAAGACCGACAGGUCGUGGUCAAGCUGGUGUCCAGUAUCCGGGGGCGGUUGACGGCUCUGCAAAAGAAACUGACCGUGCUCGCGAAGCGCCCGACCGGCUCUCUUGGAAAAACGCCGUCUUCUAACUUGACGCCGGUUGCUCAUGCGGUUGGAGCAACACCGCCCAGAUAG